UCCGCCGGGAGGGGCGGGGCUUCGCUGUCCUCAGCUGAAGCCGGAGCCCGGGGCGCGCAACACUGGUCGCAAAACUGAUGCUGGAAGGAUGGAGGCUGGCGGCGCAGCAGACUCUUUCCUUUCCAGUGCCUGCGUGCUCUUCACCCUGGGCAUGUUCUCCACUGGCCUCUCGGACCUCAGGCACAUGCAGAGGACACGGAGUGUGGACAGCAUCCAGUUCCUGCCUUUUCUCACCACGGAUGUCAACAACCUGGGCUGGCUGAGUUAUGGAGUGUUGAAGGGAGAUGUGACCCUCAUCAUUGUCAAUGCCGUGGGUGCUGUGCUUCAGACUCUUUAUAUCCUGGCAUAUCUGCACUACAGUCCUCAGAAGCACGCUGCACUCCUCCAGACUGGAACCCUGCUGAGUGUCCUUCUCCUGGGUUAUGGAUACUUUUGGCUUCUAGUGCCAGACCUUGAGGCCCGGCUUCAGCAGCUAGGCAUCUUCUGCAGUGUCUUUACCAUCAGCAUGUACGUCUCCCCACUGGCCGACCUGGCCAAGAUCAUUCAGACUAAAUCAACCCAGCGUCUCUCCUUCUCACUCACCAUCACCACCCUCCUUUCCUCUGCCUCCUGGUCCCUCUAUGGGUUUCGACUCAGAGACCCAUACAUCAUGGUGCCCAACCUUCCAGGAAUCCUUACCAGCUUCAUCCGCCUUGGGCUUUUCUGCAAGUACUCCCCAGAGCAUGACAGGAAAUACCGCCUUCUACAAACAUGACCACAGGCACCUUAGUGCCAACUUGAUACCAAACAGAGCUCCUGUUUCUGCUGGUCUUCGUGACCAAUUUCAUGGAUGCAAUAGGUUGUGAGAAGUUGACUUUGGAAAUAAGAGGGAUCAAAGGUUUUUACUUAGGUCAGGAGGGACCUAUGGGAUGGAAUCACAGUUUUCUAAAGAGAUUAUCUUUUCACAUUUUGGAGGCUGGGGUAGGUGGUAUCUGUAGAAUGUGCCUUAAAAUAAACUGUUUCCCUACCCCUG